AUGACCCAUGAGGCGCUUCACAGACUGGAGGGACCGACCUGCAGGAGCCAGGGUUGCCCGCCGAGCUGCAGUUGCCGCUGCUGCCGCUGUCGCGCCGCCGCCACUGCUGUCGCUGUUGCUGUCAGUGCCGGUCUGAAGCGUGCCAGCGCCGCAAAAGCACUAGUGAGCUCCGAACCCCGCGUCUUUGCGAAACAGGUGCAUGCGCGAUCUCCUGCUUAUCCAACAAAAGUAUUAACAUAUUCAUUAACAACGUCGAAAGUAGCCUACUUUAAGAGAAAAUAUGCAGAAGAAGAAGAUUUACAUCAAGAUUACCAUGGGUAUUUUCCAAAACACCUGAUAUUACCUGAGGACAGGACUUGCAUUCUCAAACUUUCUCUGGAGAAGCUCAGGUUUCUAGAAGACCCAGAAACCUACUUAAGAAGGUCUGUGUUAAUUAACAAUUUGCUGAGGAAGAUACAUCUAGAGACGGAGAAAGAGAGCUAUGAAUACUUUAAAGAAGCUCCCUGUUAUAAGACUGCUUAUUCAGAUACAAGAAAACGGCUGAAGUUUAUGGUACAGGAAUGCUGUUCUCAGUCUCUCUAUUAUGAAGAGCUGCAUUCAUAUCAUAUUGUGCCUUAUGCUUCGGAGAAUGCCAUUUUUGGAAUGGGAUACACUAGCAGCCACUUGGAGCAAAAUUCUCAGUUGCUUAUUUAUAAAAUGAAUUAAAGUAACUGUUAAGUUCAUUGAUACUUUGUUUCUAAAUGCCUGAACUGUUUAUAGUGAAGAUGUUAAUAUAAGGCACUAAUUACCAGUGCAUUUGAUGAAAUGCAUGCUGAACUGAUUGGAGAGACCCAUGGUUAUUACUCAGCAGUCCUUAGUAUCAUCAAAUUGAAUUGAAAAUAUGUCCACUUAUAAAGCAUUGAAUUAGUGCAUUAGAAGCAAAGAUUUUUUUUUUUUUUAACAUACGGUGUGUAGAAAGGGAUUUAUAUCAACCUGUUAUAUAGAUUAAAACUUUUAAGCCCCCUGGUUCUAAAGUCUGCCACUCUUUAUAACAAGUAACAAAAAGUAACAGAUUCCAUUGAUAAUGUUAUGUCUCUGAGGAUGAGAAGAGGGAGUUCUUUCUGAAAUGCUUUGUACCAUCAGUGGCGAUUCAAGUUGGGGCAAGCAUUCCCUGCCACCUAACUGCUGAAAAUAACAACUGGAUUACUCCAAACUGAUCCUUUUUAUUAUUAUUAUUAUAAUUAUUAUAUAUUUUUUUUGGUUUCUUGAUAGACUUUUUUCUUUAAAAGUAAAAUUUAAUAAAAAAGCAUUGCCGGUGGGAUUAUCUUUAGGGGUUGGUUCAAAUUUGUGCUGGGCCUUCAAGAGUUAAAAUUUUUAUUCAUGAUGCUAUUUUCUUUUUUAUAGGCUGUGAAGCUCAGGAAAAGGGUAGGCAGGUAAAAUGUGUUUUUUUCAUGGGUUGAUAUUUGCAGCAAUUGGUGAGAACAACAGAAAUUCUACAUGAUGUUAUUUCUUCAUCGAGCUAAGAGUGCAUUUAAGGCUGCCAGGAUCAAACUUUGCACUGUUUUUUGUAUAAUAGUCGAUCAUUCACUAUUUGACAAAAUGUUUCAGAAUGCCUUUGGUGGUGAAGUUUAGAUAUUUUACAAUUUGAAAAAUCAUUAUUUAACAAGUUGGAUAGAGUCAUGAAAUUGUUUGAAUUGAUUCAUACUAUUCUGUGAGGUUUGGGUGAGAUGUCUGAUUUCCAUAUCUGGGGUUUUUGUCCUACAGAGCAUAUUGUUUCAAGAAUUGUCAUUAAGUGAUUAAGCAGAUUGGAAAAACUAGGUGCCAAAGGUGUAUUUAAGAAAAUACCAAAGACUCAAAGAUGAGUGUCAGGAAGACUAUGAUAACCAAGAUAAGAAUCUAAGGAUUGUGCAGGAGAUAGAGGGACACUGUGAAAGUGUUUCAGGAUGAUUUGCUCACUAAUGUGCUCUCAGAGCACCUUUUACAUAAUAAUGAUAAUCAAGGACAUUGCUUUAAGUGAAGGUAUUACAAGCUUUUGGUAAUCAUAUGCCUUUGCAAUUUAAAUAUGGUGUCUUGUCAACAUAGAAUCUUCCUUAGCUGAAGAUCAACUAGUAACCCAGACAGGCUUUUUCUAUUCAAGACAAUUUUGUUUUUAGUUUUGAUUCAAUACUUGGUUUCUCUAGUGAAUCACCAAGAUGAUUAACGUGGAUGCUUCUGAUGUAUAGAAUAUGGGUGCCCUUAAUUAGCCUGCAUUGUCGAAGACCACAUAGUCAUAACACUGAUACAAGUGUCAGCCUUACAUUUAGUUGCUCAAUCAAAUUAGGAAAAAUGCUUUAGAAGAAAGUAGAAAAUUAUAAUCCCCGUGGUCAGUUUUAAAAUCAAUUUAGUAUGAUGAUGAGAUAGCUUUAAAAUACACAAAUAAAUACUUAAAAGUUAAGGACAAAAUUUGGCACCAAAGUUUAAAUUUUUUAUUUUAUUGCUUAUAAAUGAACUUAUUUCUCAGAUACUUCUUUUAAAAACAUAUAUAUUUUUUAAAUGGGGCAAUUCCAAGAUUCCAAAUUUGAUAAUUAUAUUAUAAUAUAGUUUUUAAAAUAGAUUCACCUUUCUAAUACUUUCAAAACUUUAAACACUUGGCUUGGUUUAGGACAGUGUCUCUAAGAAAAAGACACCAACGCUAGUAGAUGUAGUGCAUAAACAAAAGCCACAUAUUGAAAUUAGCUGAGAAUAGAAAUACACUUUAAAACAGAGAAGAGGAGAGAAAAAUUAUCAGGAAAGUGUGAAAUUAUAAUAUUUGUUGUAUGCCAGAAAAUUUAAACAAAGCAAGAACUCUUGGGCAAAAAACCAGUAACAGAUGUGAAAGUCUUUUUAUUGGAUGACAUCAUCAAUUGAGCUCUCUAAUCUGUAUUCCUAUGUAGAAAAGGAACUGUCUUAGAAACCAGCAGUAUUUGUGAAUAUGAUUUUUUUAAUUGUGUUGAUUUCAAAACAGUUUAUUUAAAAAUACUUUUGGGGGCAUUUAAAAUUUUUUUUCUAACAACUCAUAGAUAAGGAGUUGACUAAUUUUAUCUUGAUUUUAAAAAUAGUAAUUUAUAUUUAAACUCUGUAAACUUGUCUGAAUUAACCAAUAGAUCACUGUCAUUUUACCAUGACCAGCUGAUAGAUAGGGAGACCCCUCUAUAGGUUUGCUCCAUUAAUGAGAGAUGCACAAAGUAGGAAAUUAUUACUUUUACUUUAAACCUGGGCAUCCUCUCUCUGAUAACAAGAAUCAGCCUUAGGCUCAGGAAGCUGAGGUGGGGGAAUCUAAGUGUGGGUGCCCAAGUACCCCCAAAGACCUAGUAAGAAGAAAAUGAAAAAAGAAAAAUGGAGAGAGAGUGAGAGAGAGAGAGAGAGAGAGAGAGAGAGAGAGAGAGAGAUCAGAUUAAUAAGUGAAAGAGGAGGUUUAGUGUGUGUGUGUGUGUGUGUGUGUGUGUGUGUGUGUGUGUGUGUUUAUGAGGGGGGUUAUUUGCUUGCUAUGUUCAGUUUUUCUUUCCUGUGUCCACUGUAUACCCCAAACACCCGCUACCUGCAAUGCAUUGAUCAUUCAAUUACCAAUAAUGCAGAAGCCGAGGUUCUGUUCAGCAUAGGUACUAUAUGAAGUGUAGUAUUAUUGCAAAAUGCUCCUGAAAUUGCAUUGGAUGGAUAAGCAAAGGAAAGCAGAAAUAAUUAAUUCAGGAGAAAGACUAAAUGGGGAGCCAUAUGUAAAAAUGGAUAAGCUCAAAUGCAUUGCCUGUUCUGAAUGUACAUCCCAAGAUUUAACAAAUUCAGUGCAAGAAGACUUGAAAAUAAAUGCAAUUCACAACCAUUUAUUGAGCAAACUAUUCUGAGCCAAGCACCAUGCCAGGGCUGGGGACCCAGAAGUGAGCGAUAUCCAGUCUCUUAGCUCAGUUCACUGAUGAGGGAAGAAUCCAGAUGAUUUGAUUUUUGCCUUAUAGGGUAAGAACUUUCUACUGGGAGCAGCACCUAGGUUUCUUUUCCAAUCUGGGAUGGUUUUCAAACAUGUAUCUCCCAAGGUGUUGGCAGAUGAAAAGAUGCACAGGAAGAAGGGAAGUUCUACUGAUCCAGAUUAAGGAGUGGAAGGAGUAUAUAGAUUUUCUUUGCAGUAUAUUUUAUACUUGGAAGCAUAUUAGGAAGCCACUCUUGCAUAGGGGGAGUAUGGCUGGCUGUAGCUCACCCCUGGGAAUCCCUGUGAGGAUGGAAGGGAGACACAUGCAAACAUGGAACAAUUCCAUCUCCCUUCACCUCUCGAGCUCUCAUGGUCAGUGCCAAUCAGGUUGCUGUUGAUGUCAAGGAAAGCCUUAAGUGAAAAACAGAAUCAUUAAGUCAUAGCCUGAGAGUUGUGUAUGGUGUGUGUAAAGUCAGAGAGGCAGCCUUCUCUAAUGGGCCUCAUGCUGGUGAACUGCUUGAAUGAACCUCAGGAUUUUUUAACACCAGCUACUGGAGCCAUCUCCUUUCUGUACCGCUCUAGCUUCCUCUGUGAAUUACAGCCUAAUCCUCAGUCUUUGCAGUACCCUCCUAGUGAAGGUUAAAGUUCUGUCCUUCAUCGCCUCCUGGCCCUCUAGCGAUGAUACUGAUUUGCUCAGAGAUUCUUGUAGAAAAGCAACACUUUGUGCUCCUGACUAGAUCCUUUGGGAAAGGAUUCCCAGAAUGUUUUAAACUAGAAUUAAUUACAUAAGCAUAAUGGUUAUUGGAUGGACACUUCUUUUAAAAAUAACUGUAAACUUUAAAUAAUCAUCUACUAAGGUAAUCCUCAUAAUUCUACAAUUCAGUGUAAUUGUUGUAUGUUUUACUAAAGAAAAUAUCUUAUGUUGGAAAUAAUGAAAGAUUGUAUAUAAUCAAUUCAAGUAGUUGAGUAUUUAUGUAAUAUAUGUCAUUUAAUUUACAUGUUCUUAUUCUCAAACUUUAUCACGACACAAUAGCAACAUGAAAAGUGUCAAAUUUUUUGUUUCUUUUAAAGGGGAGUGUGUCUAAAAGUUAUUACAUUCCUGGUUAAAUAUUUGGGACAAAAUUUCCCUAUUAAAGCAAUUCUGUCUUUCCUCAACAAUUCCCCUGUAGUUCAGUGAAUUAAAAACAUCCUCUACAUUAGUGCUUCUCAAAUCCUCCUAAGCACCAGGGAUCUUGUUGCAAUACAGAUUCCUUUUACUAGGUCUGCAACAGGGCCUGAGAGUCUUUACUCUGCACAUUUUCCGGGUGAUGCAGAUGCUGCUAUUGACCCCACAUUAAGUAGCAAAUCUCUAGAUCAUUUGAGGUAAAUAUAUAUGCAAGCCUAUAUACUCAGACUUUCAAAGAAUAUAUAUUCGUGUCCAUUUUCCAUAAUAAAUUUUUCUUUGAAAAAAUAAAAGGCAAAAAUAGUAAAUAACAUAAAGCCAAAAGACUGGUUUUCUAAAUUUGCCACAAAUAUUACAGCACUGUAAAAUAUGUAGAAAAUUAUUUCUGGCAUGAGUUUUAUCUACACUUAUUGAAGAAGAACAUGGAUUCAAUGCAAUCAGGAAAUGACACUUGGUAAAAUUUCUCUUCCUGAUCUUCCCCUUGAUUUUACUCAGAUAAGGGAGAUCCACUUGUCAACAUUAAAGCAAAGAAUGACAAUCUCUUACUUGACCAAAUACAAGAAAAUCUUACAAAAACAUUCAUUAUGAAAUUCAAAAGCUUGGGUGGCUCCACGGACUGAAGAUUGUAAACCUGAGGUAAAAAAUGGCGCCCAGUUCAUUCACUUCUUGUCUUGAACUCUUUCUCAAGCUUUGUGCUCUGCAAGAUCCUGCCCUUGCUAUGGACUUCCUGUUUCUCCUUGGUUAUUGGGGUCUUGGUAAAGGGUGGAGGAUCAGUGUAAAAGAGAGUCACAUAAAUUGUCUAUCUGAGCAUGCCAAGUGAUUUUUGUCUGACUCUCUUUUGGUCAUAAAUUUUUGGUAUGGCUAUUGUGAAAUAUAGUGUCAUAAAUUUGUCAUAAACCAUUAAUGAAAGAAGAGGAGCAGAAAUUUAGUUCUGUGGGAAUGUACUCAAAUAUGAAGCAGAUGGUGUUCUACAACAUUUAUUUCGGAAAAUGUGUAUCUGUUACAUAAUCUAAAAUAUGUCUUUUUCACAUUUAAAAAUAUUUGGGUCAUGAUUUAGAAUUUUUAUUGGAUUGUUUUUUAAACUGAGAGGAAGAAGAAAGGUAACUGUAUUUUAAAACAUAUUUGACAUGUUACUAAUAAAAUUUUAUUUCUGGUGAAA